UCCCCGCCGCCCGCCCCGGACACCGCCGCCGGGGAGCCCGCCAGGGUUGGCAACGGCACGGCGGCGGCGGCGGCGGCGGCGGCGGCAGCCGGGGAGGGCCUGGCGGUGGCCCCCAAGCCGGGAGACAAGCCGAUGACCCAGCGAGCCCUGUCCGUGCUGAUGGCCGUCAGCGCCGCCGUGCUCGUCUACUUCGUCAUCCGCACCGUCCGGAUGAGAAGAAGAAAUAGGAAGACACGGAAGUAUGGCGUCUUGGACACUAAUCUAGAAAAUAUGGAGUUGACACCGUUAGAGCAAGAUGAAGAUGACGAUGAGAUAACAGCAUUUGAUGCCAAUCACCCUCGAAGGUAAGAAUGUGCCUUUUGAUGAGAAAAUGUCAUCUUUGAACAACAUAGGAAGAGUUGAGGAAUAAGAAGCCAAUAUUUCAGCUACAAGAUGGGGAGAUUGAAGUUGGUAUAUUACGACAUACUUUAAUUUGUUGUUGCAGUAUGUACUGUAUUAAUUUGUUGUACCUUUGUAUAUAGAGGAGUGCUCAAUAAUGGCUUGAGCAGAUGAAAGAGAAAUGCACUAUAAUAGAGAUCUAUUUAAAAAAUUACCUUGAGAACAGGGUCUUUUUUGCUUUAUUUCUUAUUUACCAUGAUAUGCUAAACAGUUUUCUUUUAUGUACUAAUCAGCUAACGUUCCUUUUUCUGUCAGUGUAAUUUUUAAGUAAUUAUAAAUCGCAGCAACCGGCCGACGUUAAGAUGAAUUCUAUAAUUAGAAUUUUUUUUCUUGUAGCCAAGAUGUAUUUCCCCUUUGGGGGAGGAAAAAAAAGAAAAAGGCCAAAUUUAUUGCUUUGUGGCUUGAGGUUUUUAAAACUUCAAUGAGCGUCUGAGUUAUUGAAGGCAAACAAAUAGACAUGAUUGAAAAUGGUUCUAAGCGGUAGAAAUAAAACACGUUUUCAAAAUAUCA